AUGGCAGCAGCAGAGGAAGCCAGUAAAUUCUCUGAGGAAGCAUAUGCAUAUGCAAUGACAGGUGGAGAUGGACCCAACAGCUAUGCCAAAAACUCAACUUUGCAGAGAGGAGCCGGGGACGCUGCCAAAGAACUUCUAAACGAGGCAAUUGCAGAAAAGCUUGACAUAGACAUCUUGUUAUCUUCUAACACUUUUCAUAUUGCAGAUUUGGGUUGCUCUGUUGGGCCAAAUACAUUUUUUGCAGUUGAAAACAUAAUUGAAGCUGUGCAAUUCAAGUUUCAGAGCCAAGGGCUGAAUUCACAAAUCCCUGAAUUUCAAGUAUUCUUCAAUGAUCAUACUCAAAAUGAUUUUAACAUGCUCUUCGGGUCCCUCCCGGAGAACAGGCAAUACUAUGCUGCGGGCGUGCCUGGUUCUUUCUAUGGUCGCCUAUUUCCUAAUGCUUCUAUUCACUUUUUUCACUCUUCUUAUGCCCUUCAGUGGCUUUCUAGAGUACCAAAAGAGGUAGUGGACAAGAACAGUCCAGCAUGGAACAAAGGACGAAUCCAUUACUCUAAUUCCACAGAUGAAGUAGUAAGGGCUUAUGAAGCUCAACAUGCUGAGGACAUGGAGUGCUUUCUAAAUGCCAGGGCACAGGAGAUUGCUGAUGGAGGAGUGAUGGUACUGCUCAUUCCAGGCCGCCCCAAUGGUACCCCCCAUUCUCAUCCUGUGGGAAACGUGAGCUUCCAACUUAUAGGAUCUUGCCUCAUGGACAUGGCUAGGAAGGGAGUAGUAAGUGAAGAGAAAGUAGAUGCAUUUAACAUACCUGUGUAUGCCAUGUCUCCCCAAGAACUGGAAGCUGCUGUAGAAGGAAAUGGACGUUUUAGCCUAGAGAAGAUGGAAACCUUACCUCAUGUCUCGACACAUGGGACGGUCUCUGUAACCCAACUAGUUGUAUCUCACCUGAGAGCUGCCUUGGAGGGACGUAUCACACAACAAUUUGGAGAAGAAAUCGUAGAUGAGCUCUUUGAAUCGUAUCUUAAGAAACUUGAAGAGCAACCCUCCAUCCUUGCAACAGGGACUGCAAUUAUCUUUCUUGUUGUGCUUAAACGCAAGGCAAAUUGAUGUGAAAAUGCUGUUUUGGUAUUCGUGAAGCUAUAGUUCAAUUUCUUUUAGCUUCAUUGUUAUGCUAGUUGUUUUAUUAUAAGACUAAGUGACAUAAAAUUGCUGCAAUACACCCAUCAGUCUUAGCACAAGUGGCAUGGGAUGGACGUGAUGGGAUUGCUGGACUCCCCUUGUAACCAAAAAGUUGAUGCAGUACAAAUUUGUA